AUAUAUAUAUGUAUUAUUAUUUCAGAUGGAACAUAGUGAAGGCUUUGAAGUACACAAAAGUGUAAGUGAAAAAAGAAACUUGACUUGGAUUGAUGAAAUGGACAACUUUUUGGUUGAUCGAUUAAUGGAGCAAAUGCAUAAAGGGCAAAAGAUAGGAGGAGUCUUCACCAAGACAGCUUAUGUAAUGGUUGCGCGAGAAAUUGGGGAAAAUUUUGAAUUGAGUUGUAACUCUGAGCACAUAAAAAAUAGAAUGAAAACUUUUUAAAAAAACUUUUAUGCUGCUCAAGAAGUUUUAGAAAAUGGUAGUGGAUUUGGUUUCAAUGAAUCAACUUAAAUGAUCGAAGCUACCACGGAAGUAUGGACUACUUACACUAAGGCACACCUAGGAGCAUCUCAGCUCAGACACAAACCUAUUAGAAAUUAUGAUAAGUUGUCCAUUCUUCUUGGAAAAGAUCGAGCAACAGGAAGUCUUGCUACAGGUGCAAAAGAAAGACAACUUCGUUGGGCCCAGGAACAAAAUUUGGAUGACACAAUUCCAUUAGGAUCAUCACAACAUGGGAUUAGAGAUGAAACAUUUCCUUAUGUUGAAAAUGAAGCAACAACUGAGACAUCUUUCUCAUCUGCAGAUGCAUCUGUUUCUGCACCAAAGUCAAACAAAGAAACAAAAAAGCGAAAAGCAAAAUAUGCUGACAUUGUAAGUGAAGAAUUAAGGUCAAUUAGAGUUGGAAUGGAUGCAGUUGUUGCGGCUCUUGAUAGAAGCAACCUUCAAAAUUAUACAGAAGAGCAAUUGUUUGAAGAGAUUGCUAAGAUUGGAGGCAUGAGUGAUGUAUCUCAUAUGAAAGCAUAUCAAGCUCUUACCGGUGAUGUGAGUGCAGCCCGAGCCUUCCUUGCUUGUCCAAUUGAUAGGCGUAAGCUUUGGUUGUCAGUUAAAUUUGGACCUACUUUUUUUUAUGCCUAAUUUGAGAUAAUCUACUUAAAAAGGCUUGAAAGUAGAACAUGAUUUUAUUCCACUUGUUCCACAAGUAUCAAUGGGUGUGCAGAUCAAACAAGCCUAAUGGACAGCCUAAGUGGCUUCUUUCUCUUAUUCCAGAUUAUUCGCUGCUCAACUUCAUGCUCACAACUGCCAUCUAUAUCUUAGUCCCCUCGGCUUUUUGAACUAACCAAUACACUUAAAGACAGCUUUUAUUCCUACAAAGGACAAUCACCGGCUGCUGCAUAAAUUUUCUUUCUGGAAUUUCAUAUUUCUCUGUGCUUAUAUUGCAUUGGGUUCAUUCUUCUUCAGAUUCUUCAUGCACAAUUAAGUUCUAUUUCUUGCUUCUAUGUUAUUGGAAUGAAUCAGAUUUGCAAGAUGUAUUGCAAAAUGCAUUCUUAAGGAUUUUAACUGGAUCAUGUCAUUCAGAAUCCAUCAAACUAAUUUUGAUGUUUGAACGUUCAUUUAAGAAGUAAUGCAAUUUACUCCUACAGGCUUGACAAAUCAGGACUGAAAGGACAUGCAUGGGGCCAUUGUGGUCCUCGCGCUGGUUACUUUCCUCACUAGAUGAUUAGGGUGUCCUGUUCUCCAUUUCAGCAUUGUUUCUCUAGAGUCCUGUGGGUGCUGCUAACCAGUUUCAUAUAGCAAUGUUUAAUCAUCAUUAUUGUAUCUGGAUCUAUUGUGCCCAUUAUUUUUAUCAAUUCUGCCCAGCCUCCUC